AUGACAAUUUCAAAUAUUUUCCUACACAAGUACUUGCAGAUAUGUAGGCCCCAAUAUUAUCGAGUAUAUUCGACGUCACGAGGAAUGUUGAUCGUCCUCACGCUGAAUGGUUUCAUUUUCGCGAACUGGGCAGCCUAUAUCUACUUCGGGAUCUGGCCCAAUACUCAGCUUGUGGAGCAUUUUUGGUCACCAAUGCUGAAGACAUUUAACAUCGAUUUGAGAACCAUUGGUAUAUUAGGGAUCUGUUUGAAACCCAAUUUAAAUUGGUCAGCACUACUUUUCACUACCGAAUCGAUGCUGAUUAUGUUAACGUUGGCAGCAGCUGGAAUAUUCUGGGCGGUGCAAAUAAACAAAAAGUUGAAGUCAUCUUCACUGAGCAAUCAGACGAGAAUUAAGCAACGUCGUUUGAACAAUUUACUAGCGUUACAGGGGGAUUUAGAUUGGCGUGCAUUAAUUUUCACAGCUGAAUCAAUGGCGGUCGUGUCAGCGCUAGGUAUGGCUGAGAUGUAUUGGGCGAUCCAAAUCAACAAAAUGCUGAAGGCACCGUCAAUGAGCCGCCAGACGAGAGUUAUCCAGCGUCGAGUGAAUAUCGUGCUAGUGUUACAGACAGCCUGUUCAGCCCUAUUCCUACAACUGCCUCCGUUAGCGCAGUAUAUCAUGAUGUUUACCGGAAUCGACAGUGGAAACGUUAUGGCAAACCACCUUUUGCUAUCUUGCUGGUGGAGUUUUAAUACCCUGUACUCACGAAUACCCACGAAAUUUCCUUUCCUUCAAAGAAAAAUAUGA